AUGAGCACUUCAAGGUCGACCAUGUUCGUGUGCACCCUAUACUCGAGCUGGAUUCCGGAUGGGUUCUGGGAGCCAUAUCUGCUCAUGAUAUUCCCGAUCGAGACCACAGAGGAUGGUCUUUCACAGGUGGUGUGGUUUGGACGCAAGUGCACCAAUUUCAAAGGCAACGCAGAGUCGACGUCCCCUAACGCCCGUGACUUCAGUCAGCUGAUUGUGACGUCUCGCGCCGACAUCUUUGUGGCGCGAUCGAAGCAAACGCUGGAGCGCAAAGACAAGCUCAACGUCGAGCUUACCUGCUACGGCUGGGGCGAGACGCGUUUGAUAGUGCACUUUUACUUCCCCGGGGACUCUGACCUUACCAACUGUAUCGGCUCCAUGCUCAGAGCGAUCACCCGCGAUAUCAAGUACUCCCAAAACUGGGGCUGCGAGUUCUGCGGCAAGCCUCGCGACCCCGCGCGCGAGGUUGUGUACCAGUACUUCUCCGCGCACACCCCUGACGGCCUCUGGCUGCUCACCAUAUCCGCCCACUUCAUCUGCGACAUGGACUUCGCGCACGUGCGCAAGGGCCUCACCCGCGUCCACGCGAUGCAGCACGGGCUCGGCCUCGCGGACGCCCAUUCGCCCUACAACACCAUGCCGCUGCGCCCCGCGCACAUCGUCCACCCGCUGGCGGGGAGCUGCGCGGACUGCGAGCGCGACGAGACGGCGGAGAACGACGGCGCGUGCCUGAAACGCUGCAGCCGGUGCCGCAUGACGCGCUACUGCAGCGCGGCGUGCCAGAAGCGCGACUGGUCGCGGCAUAAGAUUGUGUGUAAGAUGGUGCACGAGCUCGCGUUCGAGAACUGGCAUCUGGUGAAGUAUUAUGCGACGGUGAUGGACGAUGAGGUGCCCACGGAUUAUAGCGAGAUGUCGUACGUAGAGUGCUGCUGGCGCUGGCUGCGCGACAGCAUACUUAAGAUUGUCGUCCGAUUCAGGUACUAA